AUAUUUUUUUAUAGGUAUUUAUAAAAUCACGACCAAAGGUUUGAAACCUCUUUUCUGAUUACAGUUUACUCUGUAAACUCGUCUUUUUGGAUUUUAGCCUUUAACGACAUAUGACAAUGACAUACAUUUGUGCAAUAUUUGCUUGAAAGCUUGCAGCAUGUUACGCGAAAUAUUUAAAACAUACGAAAGGUUUCAGAGAUCGAUGAUUUUGUACAGAACAAAUAGUUCACCUUACGAGUGUCUCAGCUGUACCACUGCAUCGAAUCGUAUGUUAUGUUACUUUUGAGCACAGCACUGAGCUUGUUAACUUUGGUAAACUCUAUAUUCUUCCCAAUCUAUCCGAGGCUGAAGCUACCAGCGAAGUCAUGCAAAGAAGCAGGGACACCAGUAUUUGUGACCCCCUACCUCAAACAGGGUUUAAUAGGUGCAGCGCAGAAUGUCACGCGCGUGCUUUUACUAGAUGUACCAGAAGUUGCGAGUCACGCCGGAUUCUUCACUGUUGACCAAAAGUACAACUCCAAUCUAUAUUUCUGGUAUUUCCAUCCGUUUACUAGGAACAAAACGGCACCGGUGCUAUUGUGGCUUCAAGGCGGACCGGGAAGUAGCUCUCUAUUCGGACUCUUCGUAGAAUUAGGACCCCUAAUGGCCUUGGGCAACAAGUUUGUGCUAAGAAAGUAUCACUGGGCUCUGCACUACCACGUAGUAUUCAUUGACAGCCCAGUGGGAACCGGAUUCAGCUUCACACAAAAUACAAAAGGUUACUGCACCAACCAGGAUUGCGUCGCCAAGGCACUCUACGGGGCCUUGAGACAAUUUUUCCAAUUAUUUCCACAUUUGGCACACAAUGAUUUUUAUAUAACCGGCGAAUCUUACGCAGGCAAGUACAUACCGUCUUUAGGAUUGAUGAUCCACAAAGAAAAUGCUAAAACGAAUUGCAAAAUUAAUUUGAAAGGUAUGGCGCUGGGGAAUGCUUACUCGGAUCCCAUAAAUCAGUUGGAUUAUGGGAACUUUCUGUACCAACAUGGAUUGCUGGAUAAUUACCAGCGGAAAGUAUUUCUGAAAACCCAAAAUGAAAUUUACGCGGCAAUAAAGAACGAAGCGUGGACACAAGCGAAUAUAUUGAUGGACCGACUGAUGGACGGGGAAGUGACGCAUUUCGCGCUGUUUAAAUUCUAUACAGGGUUUAAUUAUUAUUAUAAUUUUCUGCAAUCGACAUUGAGUGACGAGAAGACGCCAUUUAUGAAGUUGUUACAUAAGAACGACGUGCGGCGGAGUAUACAUGUGGGGGGGAGGUCGUUCCAUGACGGGGAGACGGUGCAGCUGAUGCUGUCCUUAGACAUGAUGCAGUCGGUAGCGCCGGCCAUCUCCGAGCUACUGUCACAUUACCGCAUGCUCUUCUACAACGGACAACUAGACAUUAUCGUAGCAUACCCGCUGACAAUCAACUUCAUAAACAAUCUGAACUUCUCCGCUUCCGACGAGUACUUUAGAGCAACGAGGAUCAUUUGGAAAGUGGGCAAUAAUAUAGCCGGGUAUAUAAAGACCGGCGGGAACCUUACCGAGGCGUUGGUCAGGAACGCCGGUCACAUGGUGCCGAAGGAUCAGCCUAGAUGGGCUCUGGAUUUGAUACAAAAAUUUAUCAAUAAUGAUUAUAGAUGAGAACCUGCCAAGUGCCGCUUUUACUGCAAGCGGACACAAUAUUUUGCUUUUUUAUGAUUGACCAAGUCUGCGCGGUAGGUGCGAUUCCCCCGGAGCAACUCUGUGUGAUCCACAAAUUGUUGUUUCGGGUCUGGGUGCGAUGUGUAUGUGAACUUGUAUGUUCACUCACGACGCAGAACUUAGUGUGGGGUAACGUUUUUAAAAAAGUAAUGUAAAGAGAAUUAAAAGUACUCAUAUACUUUGCUUGAAUCUCUCUACUUUUAAUAUUGUUAUUAAUGUAUUGAUUGUUCAAGGAACAAAAUGUAGGUAUAUAAUAUUAUAUGCUUUUACACCUAGUAAAUAAUACUCAAAUAUUUUAAUAAUCUGUAUAGUUGUGGAGGUCUCUCCUUUUCGGGAUUGAUUCCGAUUAAUCUAUAAUUUAAUGUGCAAUAUUAUAUUAUAUUAUGUAACUUAUACAUAGCGCUUGUAUUUUUUAUACAAAUGAUGAAAAUAAAAACAUAUUUGUCAAUUUAUCAAUUAGUUUUAUUUCAUAAAUGCAACUAAUGCUAAAUAAAUACUAUCAACUAAGAUCUUACUCAUUACAAAUACAGUCACUUGUUUACACAUUCUAGUCUAAACAAUAGUAGUUUUAUUUUUUCUUUAUUGUUCUGUAAAAUAAGCAGCAAACCUUAGUAUGAGUUUGCUUUACGUUUAAAGUAAUCGAAACGAGAGCGUGUUCGGCGCUCUGAUUGGUUGGUUUAUUCGAGCUGGCCAAUCAGAGCGCCGAACUUGCUUAUGUUUCGAUCUCAUUAAACGUUAAACAGACUUGUACUAAGGGUUUAAGGUUUAAGGUAACAUUUCAUAACCAUUUUCAUUUUACCUACUAAUCCUCAUUCUCAUCCUACUAAUAUUAUAAAUGUGACAGAUUGUGAGUAUGGCUGUGUUUUCUAUUUCGCGGAAAAACAGCUGAAGAGAUCGGGUUGAUUUUAUAUUAGAGAAGGAAUAAGUUCAAGUGGGCAAAGUCGUAUAAAGGUACGCGUCCACAGGCCCGCAUUGUACGCAUCGCACGCAACGGAUUUUAGUUUGUCUUGUAUAGAAACUCAUACAACUGCGUCCACUGAUCCGCAUCGUACGGACCGCAUCAUCGGUAAUGCCUACAUGCGAUGCGUACGAUGCGGGCCUGUGGACGCUUACCUUAAGCUAGUAUUUCUAUAUCAUUUUAAAAUAAAGGAAAUAUGGCAACUUGAAAAUGCCAAUGUAAUAUUUAUCAGAACAUCCAAGAUAAAAUAAAACUACUAUUAUUUCACUCUCCUAUAAGCAAAACCACACUCAACAAUUAUUCUAUGAAAAAAUAUUUAUAAUUGAAAACUGAUUGGACAUUGUUAUUAAAAUCAUAAAACUAAAUAACGAUGUGUAAUGGAAAUUAAUAAAGACAAGUAUUUUGAUAAUAAUUCAAAUAAUACCUAAAGCGAUUAAUUUCUAUUUCAUUAUUUAUGGUAAAUUUUAAUUAUUGAAUCAAAUUAAUCAGAAAUGUUAUUCAAUUAUUAAAUUAUUCAAGGCUACUGUUUUUUUGCUCAAUAGAUGGCUCUACCAUAGCGUGAGACCCUGUUUGUCCAAUGGAGAAUCAAACUAUUGGGUACUAUCCUCGGUCAAAAAUAAAUUAUUACAACUUUUCAAUACAAUAAAAUAUUAAAAAAUAAUCACACUUUCAUUCAUAAAUUUGAUGAACUAUUUAAUUUUCGAUUUUUUCUAGCUAAAUUUCUAGAAAUAAGUCUGCUAUUUGACGUCAAAAACUUAUGACGUCAUAACGCACUAUUUCAUACAAAGUUCAUAGAAAAUAUCGUUUUUGACGUUUCGAAAAAAGUAUUGAAUUUGACUAGUAGGAAAGUAGCCUAUUGUCAAACCACUGGAUAUUAAAUGUUUGACAGUUACAGUGAUUGGAGAAAAGGGGGCCUCACGGUACUUUAGUGUCAUCUGAACCCUUAGUAUUAGUUAGCUUUACGUUAAAAAUGUGCGUAAAUCGAAACGAGAGCGCUUUCGGCGCUAUGAUUGGUUGGUUUAUUCGAGCCGGCCAAUCAGACUGCCGAACGCGAUUCGAUUACUUUAAACGUAAAGCGCAAACUCAUACUAAGGGUAACAGUGAGCAAAAAAUCUGUAGCCCUUAUAAAAGGGGACUUAUGAUUUAUGCUCAGAUUAAUAUUGAAAUUUCACUUCAUAGUCUAUAACAAAUAUCUGGAUAUCAAGAAAGUCAAAUACAUACAUAAACCAAUACUUAAUUAUAAUAAAAACAUGCUAAUAUUUUAAUGCUAUAUUUACAAUUUUUAAUUUAAUGGACUAUCGACUUUAUUUUAAGAGGAAUACAGUUGAAAAUGUAUCUAGUAAUCUGUCUGUAUUCUUGUGUUUGGGUGUCAUUGGAUACUUUUUGAUUACUCUUCAGCAAUGCAUGGUGAAGUUCUCAUUAUUUAUGAAAAUGCAUUUAACACAGAGCCUGCUGUGCUUCCAAAAUUAAAAAAUAACAUACAUAAGUUGGUUGUGAUAUUACAAUUUCAUCAAAUGGUUACUUAGUUAGGAAAAUAUGUACAUAUUCAAUCAAAUUUGGCU